CGCCCAGCCCCGCGGUCCCGGGCCCCGCGCCUCUGGCCUGCCGCCUGCCGCCUGCGUCCCCGCGGCGGGGCAUCGCGACCCCGGGCCUCGGCGAUGAGCUCGAAGCGCCGACAUGAGCGCAGACAGCAGCCCUCUUGUGGGCAGCACGGCCCCUGGUUAUGGGACCCUGACCAUCGAGCCUUCUCUCGAGGCCCUCAGCUCCUCAGUUUCAUCCGUGAGGCUCAGCGGCUACUCUGGAAGCCCGUGGCGGCUCCUCGGCUAUCACCUUGUGGUCUGGCUGCUGGCAGGGAUCCCUUUGCUGCUUUUCCGCUGGAAGCCGGCAUGGGGGGUGCGGCUGCGUUUCCAGCCGUGCAGUCUGGCACAUGCAGAAACACUCAUCAUCGAAACAAAAGACAAAGAGGAUAGUGCUUGGCGGCUCCAUACCGUCCAGGUGCAGACCGAGGCCAUCAAUGAGGCCAGCCUGGAGCAGCCACUGCAGGUCACGGCAGUAGAGGAUGGCCGGAGCCAGGCAGCCUUGGGUGCCGUGCCCGCGGGUUUGUGGGAGGACACAGCCCAGCUCCACGGGAGAGAAGAGGCGAAGCGGCUGUUGCGCUUCUACGUCUUCCAGGGCCGCCGCUACAUCUGGCUCGAGACCCAGCAGGCCUUCUGCCACGUCAGUCUGCUGGACCAAGGCCGCACGUGUGAGGACGUCCAUCUCUCCCGCUCCGGCCUCAGCCUCCAGGACCACCACGUGAGGAAGGCCGUCUACGGCCCCAACGUCAUCAGCGUGCCCGUCAAGUCCUAUCUCCAGCUGCUGGUGGACGAGGCGCUGAACCCCUACUACGGGUUCCAGGCCUUUAGCAUCGGGCUGUGGCUGGCUGACCACUACUACUGGUACGCCCUGUGCAUCUUCCUCAUCUCCACCCUCUCCAUCUGCGUGUCGCUGUACAAGACCAGAAAGCAAAGCCAGACCCUGAGGGACAUGGUCCAGCUGUCGGUGCGGGUGUGUGUGUGCCGGCCAGGAGGAGAGGAGGAAUGGGUGGACUCCAGCCAGCUGGUGCCCGGAGACUGCCUGGUGCUGCCCCAGGAGGGCGGGCUGAUGCCCUGUGACGCCGCCCUGGUGGCUGGCGAGUGCAUGGUCAACGAGAGCUCCCUGACAGGGGAGAGUGUCCCCGUGCUGAAGACAGCCCUGCCACAGGCGCCGAUCCCCUACUGCCCAGACUCCCACCGACGCCACUCGCUCUUCUGCGGGACCGUCGUCCUGCAGGCCCGCGCCUUCACGGGCCCCCGCGUGCUGGCGGUGGUUACCCGCACAGGGUUCUGCACGGUCAAAGGGGGCCUGGUGAGCUCCAUCCUACACCCCCGGCCGGUCAACUUCAAGUUCUACAAAGACAGCAUGAAGUUCGUGGCUGCCCUCUCUGUGCUGGCUCUCCUCGGCACCAUCUACAGCAUCUUCAUCCUGCACCGCAACCGGGUGCCUGUGAGCGAGAUCGUGAUCCGGGCCCUGGACCUGGUGACGGUGGUGGUGCCGCCCGCGCUGCCGGCCGCCAUGACAGUGUGCACACUCUACGCCCAGGGCCGGCUCAAGCGCCAGGGCAUCUUCUGCCUCCACCCGCUGCGCAUCAACCUGGGCGCCAAGCUGCAGCUGGUGUGUUUUGACAAGACCGGCACACUCACAGAGGACGGCCUGGACGUGAUGGGGGUGGUACCCCUGAAGGACCGGGCGUUCCUGCCACUGGUCCCUGAGCCCCGCCGCCUCCCCAUGGGACCCCUGCUGCGUGCACUGGCCACCUGCCAUGCCCUCAGCCGGCUUCAGGACUCCGCAGUGGGUGACCCCAUGGACCUCAAGAUGGUGGAAUCGACUGGCUGGCUCCUGGAGGAGGGGCCAGUUACAGACUCGGAGUUUGGCACCCAGGUCUUGGCCGUGAUGAGACCCCCACGUCAGGAGCCCCGGGCACAGGGAAUGGAGGAGCCCGUGGUACCCGUCAGCAUCCUGGGCCGCUUCCCCUUCUCGUCGGUCCUGCAGCGUAUGAAUGUGGUGGUCGCGUGGCCAGGGGCCGCCCACCCCGAGGCCUACGUCAAGGGCUCCCCCGAGCUGGUGGCCAGCCUCUGCCAGCCCGAGACAGUGCCCACCCACUUCGCCCAGACACUACAGAACUACACAGCUGCCGGCUACCGUGUCGUGGCCCUGGCGGGCAAGGCACUGCCCAUUGCACCUACCCUGGAAGCUGCUCAGCCGCUCACCAGGGACAGCGUGGAGCAGGACCUGAGUCUGCUGGGGCUGCUGGUCAUGAGGAACCUGCUGAAGCCACAGACCACCCCCGUGAUCCGGGCCCUGCGGAGCACCCGCAUCCGCACCAUCAUGGCCACAGGGGAUAACCUGCAGACAGCAGUCACUGUGGCACGCAGCUGUGGCAUGGUGGGGCCCCAGGAGCAGCUGGUCAUCCUCCAUGCCCACCCCCCGGCUCCAGGCCAGCCUGCCUCUCUGGAGCUCCUGCCCGAUGACCUCACAGCCGCUGUGAACGGGGCCAUGGAUCCUGAGCAGACCGCAGGCUACACUCCGGAGCCGGACCCCCGACACCGCCACCUGGCGCUCAGCGGGUCCACCUUCGAGGUCCUCAUGAAGCACUUCCCCAGGCUGCUGCCCAAGGUCCUGGUCCAGGGCUGUGUCUUCGCCCGCAUGGCCCCCGAGCAGAAGACGAAGCUGGUGCAGGAGUUGCAGAAGCUUCAGUACUGCGUGGGCAUGUGCGGGGACGGUGCCAACGACUGUGGGGCCCUGAAGGCGGCCGACGUGGGCAUCUCGCUGUCUCAGGCCGAGGCCUCCGUGGUCUCCCCCUUCACCUCGAGCAUGGACAGCAUUGAGUGCGUGCCCAUGGUCAUCAGGGAAGGCCGCUGCUCCCUGGACACGUCCUUCAGCGUCUUCAAAUAUAUGGCCCUGUAUAGCCUGACACAGUUCAUCUCUGUCCUGCUGCUCUACACGAUCAACACCAACCUGGGCGACGUGCAGUUCCUGGCCAUCGACCUGGCUAUCACCACCACGGUGGCAGUGCUUAUGAGUCGCACGGGGCCAGCGCGAGCCCUGGGCCAGGUGCGGCCUCCCGGAGCCCUGCUCAGCGUGCCCGUGCUCAGCAGCCUGCUGCUGCAGGUGGCGCUGGUGGCCGGCGUGCAGCUGGGGGGCUACUUCCUGACGGUGGCCCAGCCCUGGUUCGUGCCUCUGAACAGGACAGCACCAGCUCCCGACAACCUGCCCAACUACGAGAACACGGUGGUCUUCUCUCUGUCCAGCUUCCAGUACCUCAUCCUGGCUGUGGCCAUGUCCAAGGGGGCGCCCUUCCGCCAGCCGCUCUACACCAAUGUGUCCUUCCUGGUGGUCCUGGCGCUCUUGGCCUCUAUCCUGGUGGGCCUCCUCCUGGCCCCCGGCCUCCUGCAGGGGCCGCUGACGCUGAAGCCCAUCGCGGACACCCACUUCAAACUGCUGCUGCUGGGCCUUGUCGCCUUCAACUUCGUGGGGGCCUUCAUGGUGGAGAGCGUGCUGGACCAGUGCCUCCCCGCCUGCCUGCAGUGGCUGCGGCCCAAGCGGGUUUCCAAGAAGAGAUUCAAGCAGCUGGAGCAGGAGCUGGCCGAGCAGCCCUGGCCGCCCCCUACCGGGCCUGUGAGGUAGUACAGGCCCUGGGCCGACACCCUGGACACUGCAUCCCUGCCACUGAGCCUCCCGGGCCUGUCCGCACACAUCACCGCCAUCCCUCCCUACAUCCCUGAGGUUGGCAGUCCGCACACUUGUGCCCCAAGUGCAUCCGCCUGGCCCCAUCUCUCCUGACUCCACUGUUGGGGGGCAGUACGAACUGUGUGUCCCCCCCGUGAGACCAUUCCGGUCCAGACAUCAGUCACCAGCCCCACCAGAGCUGCUGUCAGUGUAGCAAAUAAAAGUCUCAUAUUUUCCUGA